AUGAGCUCCCAACAAAACGACACACCCAUCGACAAUGAGCUUUUCAGAUUCUACAGCCAGUACAAGCUAUGCAAGAUUGAGAAGAGCAAGGACCUCAGUGAAUCAGAGAAGGCGGCUAUCAUCAGCAUCCUCAAAAGUUUUCAAUUUGUCGAUGGAAGUAAAUUGUACACCAUCUUGAGUAAUUGCGAAUUAUGGCUCAUUGUACAUCUUGUAGACAUACUACAGUCAAUCUGGAAUGAAGCUUUUGAGCACGCAUCUGAGAACAGCUGCUUUCCUGUUGGCAAGAAAGCUGACAUUGUCUAUGAUGGCCCAAGCAAUGUUAACAAGAAAAGCGCAAAUAGCAUGGCAAACGUGAUUGAUUUGACUCUGGAUGGAGAAAGUAGUAGCAAAAGCACCCCAAAGACUCCUUGUUCAGAAUUAGCUCACAGAGCCUUGAGCACAAGGGAAUCCAGUGAUGGCAGUUCUGAUUUCGAGCCGUAUGACUUGAUCCCUGACAGUAGCUCUUUCAGUCGCAUGAGAGAGUACUCCUCUUUCAAGGAACUCAAAGAAAAGGGGUGUGCCGAAGAAGUAGCUAUGCAAGGCAUUUUGCCAGGAGAAGCAUUCAUACGGGCGAGAAACGUAUUACGACAUGUUGAAGAAAGCAAGCGUACGCUCUGUGAUAGAAUAAAGGCUGUGAAUGAUAGCUUUGACAUCCAAAAUCCAUUUCCUACUGAUACAUCCGUUUAUGGCCCUAGCCAAACCGAGAUAUUCAAGAUCAAUAAACAUUUCGUCCGUAAAAGCCGUUUGAGCCAGUCUCAAGAACACCUUGCUGCCUACAAGAUUGGUAAACUCAUUCAAAGAGAUAGAAGGCUAUUCUCGCUCGACAUUGUUUACAGAAAUAUGAAGCGAUAUUAUCAGGGUUUGAUCAAAAAAAUACAGUUCUACUCUCGCUCCCAACAACAGGACUUUGUCUACUUUGGCAAAUAUUGUUAA